AAACUAGCAACACUGACAGUUAGUGGCAUCGUUUCGUGUAGUGAGGUGCGAGCUGCUGUUUUAGAGAAAAACAUUGUAUCGCAAUGGUAUUCACUAAACCAAAAUAGCAUUAUUUUAUUGAAGUGCUCAAAUAUGUAUCGUUGUAGUGUUUUAUUCUGUUAUAGUUUAUGUGAAGUGUAGUGUUCAACAUGUUUCGAUGUAUACCUUUGUUCAAAUGUAAUCGCCAAGUGGAAAGUGUAGACAAGCGGCACUGUUCGUUGCCAACAGUACCUGAAGACAUUUUGCGGUAUUCUAGGAGCUUGGAAGAACUAUUACUGGAUGCUAAUCAUAUAAGAGAUUUACCUAAGAAUUUCUUCAGAUUACAUCGAUUAAGGCGACUUGGUCUCAGUGAUAAUGAGAUACACAAACUGCCAGCUGAUAUCCAGAAUUUUGAAAAUUUAGUAGAAUUGGAUGUAUCACGCAAUGACAUUCCGGAUAUACCUGAGGACAUCAAGAAGCUGCGUGCCCUCCAGAUCGCGGACUUCAGCAGCAAUCCUAUACCAAGGCUGCCGGCCGGCUUCAGUCAACUUCGGGCCCUUACGGUCCUCGGCCUCAAUGAUAUGUCUCUUACUAGUUUACCCAACGAUUUCGGCAGUUUAGUGUCACUUCAAUCUUUGGAAUUGCGAGAAAACCUACUUAAGUCACUGCCAGAGUCCUUGAAGAAUUUGACCAAUCUCCAGAGACUAGAUUUAGGUGAUAAUGAAAUUGAGGAAUUGCCAGGGUUUAUUGGAGAGCUUCCUGCUUUAGAAGAACUUUGGUUGGACCAUAACAAGUUGCAGUAUUUGCCGCCUGAGAUCGGCAAUCUCAAAGCGCUGAUCUGCUUAGAUGUUAGUGAGAACAAAUUAGAGAAGAUACCAGAAGAAAUUGGCGGACUUUCAUCAUUAACCGACUUGCACCUCUCCCAAAACAUGUUAGAAUCCAUACCUGAUGGUAUAGGUCAUUUAUACAAGUUAACUAUACUGAAGUUGGACCAAAAUAGAUUACAUACAUUAAACGAAAACGUUGGAAGGUGUACAAAUCUACAAGAGCUUAUAUUAACGGAGAAUUUUUUAACGGAAUUGCCUGACUCUAUUGGAAAUCUCAACAAGUUGACCGUUUUGAAUGUAGAUAGAAAUUCGUUAGCCGAAAUUCCGAUGGAUAUCGGUAAUAUGACGCUGUUAGGGGUCCUGAGUUUAAGAGAUAAUAAAUUGACGAAACUGCCGAACGAAUUAGGGAACUGUACGUCACUUCACGUUUUGGACGUAAGCGGAAAUCGGUUGCAAUACCUUCCGUACACGCUGGUAAAUUUGGAACUAAAAGCGGUGUGGUUGUCCGAAAACCAAGCGCAACCACUCUUGACUUUCCAAACGGACAGAGACGAAAGCACCGGGGAGAACGUCCUUACUUGUUUCCUCUUACCGCAGCUCAGUUACACUCAACAACCAGAGCUGGAACACACAUCAGAAGUCGGCAGUGGACAGUGGUACAGGGAUCACAAAUAUAUAUCACGGUCGGGGGAGAUUGAUAAUAUCAAAGAUACGAGCGUUUCCCGCGAUCGUGAUUCGGACAACGAAGAUUGGGAGGAGAAGGAGGCGUCGCGCACUCAUUCCGUUAAGUUCACGGAAGACGUUUCGGACGUUCGAGAGACACCGUUCGUAAGACAGAACACGCCUCAUCCGAAAGACUUGAAAGCGAAAGCUCACAAGCUUUUGGCUGGACGAUCACCGGACAAUGCGAUCACGCAACCAGCGAAGACCGAAUCGCCCACUACGAACGGAUUACCUUUGUCCCCUAUAAAAAUUGUUCCAGUCGUAGAAGAGAAAGUAGAGGACGAGGUACAGAAAAUCGAAGAGAUCCCGGAAAUAAUUAAAGACGACGACAGCGACACUAUAACUGCAGUGGAUCGGGAUUCCUCUGAAACUGAAAAUGAUGAAAACGAAGACUCGGACGAACUUGAGCGGGGCGAGAAGCGCGUGGUGUGGCGCAGCUCGGUGGAGGAGCGCGGUGCUGGGUGCGCGGGGGGCCGCCUUCACCGCCGCGACACGCCUCACCACCUCAAGAACAAACGCGUCAACAUGAUGGACGCGGGACGGGCGCGCGACCUCAUAGCGCAGGCGAUCAAGAAACAAGAACUAAACGAUGAACGCAAACCCGACGAAGAAGCCACAGAAGACAUUCCAGACGGCGAGUCUGUGUCGGAACGUGCAGAGAGCGAAGCUCGUUUAGUUGGCGAACAGCGAUGCAUCGAGGUGCGGAUAAAUCGCACAGCCGGCGGGCUCGGCCUUAGUAUAGCGGGCGGACGCGGUUCCACUCCUUACAUCGGUAAUGAUGAGGGAAUAUUCAUAUCAAGGGUCACGAAUAACGGACCAGCCUAUUUGGCCGGACUAAGAGUCGGAGACAAGGUGCUCUCGGUGAACGGUACAUCUGUUGUAGACGUCGAUCAUUAUUAUGCGGUGGAAGUGCUUAAAGCGAGCGGUCCCACGCUCACACUGGUCGUGACCAGGGAUUCGCCCAAUUCAACCAGGACCCACAGUCGUGCCCCCAGUGGAGCUAGUCAUCAUUCUGUGUCCAGUACAACAGAUACGGUUUCUACUUUGGAAAAUGGACAGGUGCCAACAAAUCGGAGCUUACAGACGAAAUCGCUCAUCAUCGGCAACCAAUAUGCUCAGGAAUACGAACAGGAGUUCAAGGAGCAAGUACUCAAUCAGUCUACGCCGAUCAUCGCGACUCCCGUUGCGAGUCACAGCCCCUCGCCUCCCCAAAUGAGAACUGAGACUUACCAACGAUUGCAAGCAUCGCCACCUCCUGCAACAACUCCUUAUAUACCCCCAGUUUACCAACAAAAGGUGCUAGUUCACACGACGUUGAUCCGCGACGGCGCCGGCCUCGGGUUCAGCAUCGCCGGCGGGAAGGGCUCGCCGCCGUACCGCGAGGACAGCGACGCCAUAUACAUCUCGAGGAUAUCCCCGCAGGGCGCCGCCGCUAAGGACGGGAAGAUGCAAGUCGGCGACAAAGUUGUUUCGAUCAACGGUGUCGAUAUGGAGAAGGCGGCUCACGAAACGGCCGUUUCGCUUCUUACGGGACACGAGAGGUUUGUCAGGCUCGUCCUCCAGCGUACCAUCACUACCGAACAAGGCGACCAGCCCCAACGCAAGUCGACAACAGAUGAAGUGAGAGACCACAAGACGAGUCUACAGAAUUUGAAUACCACGCCCACACCGAAACUCACGAACGAUCACGUCGCACCCCUCACACAGUCCGCCCCGCGCCCCGCACCGCAACCCCUCGUACAGCCGCACGCGCCCGCACACACGCCCGCACACGCGCCCGCACAGCCGCAGACCGCCACCCCGCUCGUGUACGCCCAAGCACCGACGCACGCCCAGCGAUUAUCUUACGCACCCUCCAACACCCUUCCACCUCAGCCGGCACCGAGAAAAUUGAGUCAAACAAACGGACAGGCGCCUACCACGAAACCCAGCACUAACAGUACGAACGCCCCCCUCACCGCCGGCGCCCCGCAGGCUUCCACCGACGACGUAUUCGAAGACAUACAGCCAUCGCGACCGAUAACGAACGAGGAGUUCCAAGCGAUGAUUCCCGCUCACUUCCUGGGCGGGCCCCGCGCCCGGCCUGCUCACGAGGGUCCGCCCGAGCGCGGCGUCCGCGUCACGGUAGAGCGCGCACCCACCGGCGUGGUGCUGCCUCCGCCGCCGGACGCGCUCGGCCGCGUCACGGAGACCAUCACCAAGUCGACCUUCACCGAGACCACCGUCACACGGGUCACGGACAACCACUUCGUUGCGCCCCUCAUCAUAGAAGAUGUCACUCUCUUGAAGGAAGGCGGAUCCCUUGGUUUCAGUAUCAUCGGCGGCACCGAUCAUUCGUGUGUACCGUUCGGAGGAAAGGAACCAGGGAUUUUUAUCUCACACGUCGUGCCGGGAGGAGUCGCGGCGCGCUCAGGCAAGCUCCGCAUGGGUGAUCGUUUGCUGAAAGUGAACGGAAACGACUUGGCCGGAGUCACGCACCGCGACGCUGUACAGCUUCUGCUGCAGCCCGGCGCCACGCUGUCGCUCACCGUUCGUCACGACCCACUACCUAUCGGAUACCAGGAAUUAACGAUCAUAAAACAAGAAGGCGAGAAACUCGGUAUGCAUAUCAAGGGUGGCCUUAAAGGACAGCGUGGCAACCCUAACGAUCCCAACGAUGAGGGAGUUUUCAUAUCAAAAGUCAACAGCGGCGGAGCGGCCAGAAGGGAUGGCAGGCUCAAGGUCGGCAUGCGUCUGUUAGAAGUCAACGGUAUUUCGCUACUGGGAGCGACCCACGCGGAGGCUGUCAACGCGCUGCGUUCGGCCACGCUCGCGCCGCUCCAUCUGGUUGUCUGCCAAGGAUACACCAGACCGGAGAAGUAUACGACCGGUAGCGAAAGCGGGACGACUGAAACCGGCGGCUCUCUGUCUCACUCAACGUCAAGCCUGGAUAGGGACGAACCGUUGCACAGCCAACAACCGGAGCAGCAUUAUCAACAGGAUCUAGUUGAGUUUGAACACGAGAAGCAAGUCGCCGAAAUGGGAGGGAAAUCUACACCCGAAAAGGUGUUAGAUAUAGUUCACGCCGUCGAGAGUAUGGCGAUGGAGCCCGCUCCGUCUCACUCGCCGGAGCCGCAGCACAAGACGACCACGGUGGUCAUGUCCAAACACACCCUCCAACCUCAGACGUCUAGUUCGCAAGCGGCGCCUUCGUCUCCGUUACCCGUGUCGAUACAACAGAAGGUGCGCAGCCCCGCGACCCCGACCUCGCCGCUAGAGCCCGCCCUCCAGCGUCCGCUACAGCCGCCGCCGCCUCCCCCGGUCAAACAGAAACCUCAAGUUCCCCGAAAACCGCAAACGAAGCGAGUUAGUUUCAUCUCGGACCCUCGAGAAGAUUCGAUGAACAACAACUCAUUCCAUUUAGAAUCGCAUGCAGAGCAUGAUACGGAUCGAACGGAGACCGCUACCGACCUUAACGAUGCAUGCGAGGGAGUCGGCUCCUUACUAAUCCGAAAUAAAUCACUAAAAACAGAUACGAAGGUAUCGAAACCCGUGUCGAGAGCGAGUUUAAUACUCCCCGAUGACCUCAUAAUACCGCCUCCGCCGCUGUUCGACAGCUACGUAAGUGACGCUUCGCCAAAUACGUUCCGACAAACAGAAUCUAUCGACCCAGGCCCUCCACUCCUAACCAUUGUCCCAGAACGCUUAGUCUUACCAGGGCCCGUUGUGGCUGAAACAUCCAUGCAGUCUUCGAACUCUUCAGCCUCUUCUGUAAUAGAAGGUCCUCCCCCGAUCAAUUACGGUGCGUUUCCCAAAGUAAUAGAAACCUCUACUAUUGCUGAAGUACCGACUCGAUCAUCAAUAGUUUCGGAAGUGCCCGCGUAUCAAGUUUUUCGAACGAAAGAACUGGCACGUGCGGACAGCGAUAAUGUGUUUCAUAGAGAAUUAUCUGUCAGUUCGACUGGAGAGCCUGACCCCCCUGCACUAUUACAAGCUCGAUAUAAAACAUUACCAUCCGUAUCACACGUUCCUAAUUCUCCUUGUAGUUUGCAUCCAGACAAAACGUACUUUGAUGAUGACACAGAACAACCCUUACAUCAAUCCUUAAGAGAUCUUAGAUGUCAAAACUUUUCACCAGUAAUGGCACAUUCGAACACGUACCCCGCUAUCAACCCAUACCCUUCAUUGACCACAGUUGCUGGAACUUACAACCCCUACACAUCUCCUGUACCGGUAGGUACUCCCCACCGGACCAGUCCUUAUAGACCCGCUAUUAGUCGUGACGUGAGUCCGUUAAGCACGGAUAUCAAUGCGAAUGUGACUCGAACUAUGUCCGCUAGCAGUGACGGAUCUAAAAGUGUACAGUCAGAGAGAAGAGUCCGAUUUGACGAAGCAUCGACGGCAACGGAAUACGAUAGAUUGUCGAACAGCUCAGAGUCUUUGAGGGAAGGGGGCUCCUCGCCCGCGACCACCCUGAAACCCGCAUGGAGCAGCAAAAUCAAAGCCUUUGCCAUCGGCGAGGCUUCCCCACCUCAUUCUGGUAAUUUUGUGAAAGCAUCUGUUAGUGAUAAGAAGAAGUUCUUUGAGAACGCCAUGGAAGAGAGCCACAAACCGUCACCUAAACCAGAGAGAGUAUUCACAUUCCUCUCAGCAGAUGAGGUGGAGAAAUUGAAGCAAGAAGAGGAAAGGAAGAUGGCUUCGUUAUCUCGGAGUGAGCUCGGCUCCUGGUCCCCCGGGGAGGACCGGCACAGCGGAUACAGUAGCCACUCCGACGAUGAACUAUAUGAGAACGGACAUGCUAGAUCGGGUGGCGUGAGUCCCUCCGCGAAGUCUCAACGGCGUCGCGAGGCCCGGCCGGGAGCCGCGCCCGAGGACAGCGCCGCCCGCGCCGCCCGGCGCGCGGCCUGGCGCGCGGCGCGACUUCGCUCGCUCGAACAGGAGGCUCUUGAAUCACAGAAAGUCAUAAAGAGCAUGGUGGGUCCCACGACUGAAAUUAUCGGUGAGAUCCCGCCGAGAGACAAAUCCCCGACAGAGAACUGGCCCCUGCCACGUAUCGCGUUACGAACUAAACCGGGCCCUAUACUGGCCGUCAAGGAGAAGGAAAAAUUGUUAGACGAGCGCAUAACCCUACGCACCGAGGAAUACGUGUGCCCGGCGACCGGCGAGACUAAAGUGCACACCGUCGAGUACAUUGAGAAAGUCAUUGAGAAAGAGGUGGAAACUACGCAAGAGAAGAUAAUAUCUUUGGAACUGACAACGAGUCCUGUAAGCGAGACGGCUCCGUGCGGGCUGGGGGAGGGCGACUGCAGCCUUGGGGCGGAGGAGGGCUCGCUGCAACCGGACAUCGUGCAGGUCGUUAACCCGCUGUUAGACGGGGGCGCCGGCCGCGUCACCGCCAUUCCCGUCGGGCCCGACGUCCGCCUCACUUACACGGACGCCGCGCAGUGAGACGACCGCCGCUGUGUACUCGGCGUGAGCUUUUUAACGUUCUCAAUAGCGUAAACGUUAUCUCAAAUUGUGGAGAGUAUUAAGCGAUAGGCAGCGGCUUGUCUCUGCCCCUGGCAUUGCUGAUGUCCAUGGGCGAUGGUAAUAACUCACCAUCAGGUGAGUCUUGUGCUCGUCUGCCUAGAAGGGCAAUAAAAAAAAAUGCAGUUGGAACAGCGCCCCUAGCGGCAAACGUUCCAUUUACAUACAAAUUUUAGUAAACUAUAUAACUAAAAGUUAACUUAAAUUUGUAUUGAGUUGGGAGGUUUGCCUACGUUUACCGCUAGGGGCGCUGUUCCAACUACGCACAAAUUUGACUUUUACGCUAUCGAGAACGUUAAAAAACUCGCACUAAGCACACUGUUAGUCUCAUCUGGGACUUCGAUCUCGUGUCUCCACGGUGGGCUGCCGUAAAUGCCAAGAUAAUAAAAAUCUCCGCUCUGCAUACAGGACGAACCCAUGACAGAACACAACCGCUCGCUAUGACACUAAAUAUUUUAAUACGCGUACACACGACCGAUUCGAUCCGAUUGUAGAUUUCUUCGACGUAACGAGUUAUAAAGAUGUAAAAAAAAAAAAAAAUUCCAUCAUUAUUUUUGUAUUGCAACUGUGAUAAUAAACUUACGAAUUCCACCGAUUUUUAUUCUAUUGAGUUUUGAAGAAAUCGACCAACGAUACGUGUUUCUAAUAGCAUUUUGACUUAUCACAAUUUUUUUUUUUUUUUAAUAAUUUUAUGUAACAUUGAUUUCGCGACGGAGAUUUUAUUUUAAUUAAAAUAAAUAGGUGUUAUACUAUUUUGGUAUUAUUAUUAUUAUAAUAAUUAUAAUAUAUUCUUGAAUACUUUACGUAUUUAAUUGUAAUCACUUUCAUUCCGUUCAAGUUAUUGGUAUGUGACUGAAUGUUUAAUGUACCUGGAUAGGAAACAAAUGAUGUAACUAGAAAUGAUAAUUAUAUGGGGAACGUCAAAUAAAUGUAAAUAACAUCAAAAAUACAGUAUUCAUUAUUUGUAACAAUUUGUUUUAAUAAGUUGGCAUCACACAGACGACCAAUCAUAGAAGUAUACAAUUAGAUAAUCUUUAAAAAAUCAUUUAUGUAUGAAUUUCAACAGUAUUUAUUUUCAUAUAUUAUUUUUAUGUUACGCGUAUUUUAGUUAUGUGGUGCCUUUUAUUCUCAAAUGAGAUUUUUUAUAAUUUAUAAAUUGUCACUUUGAUUUCAUUUAAACAUAAUUUUGAUUUAAUUAAUUUUAUACAAUACGAUAUUAUGUAUUUUUUCCUAUACAUAGUUUAAGGUAAUGUGUGCAUUUGAAUAUAAAGUCUGCCAAUGUAUUAAUUAUCUUGCAGUAUAUUUAAAUUUAAUUAAAUUAUUAUGCAAACGUUUGUUACAAAAGAUUCCGUAAGAAUCGAUAUAUUAUUCGAAAAUUUGUAUUUGAUAUAUUUAAAUUAAUUUGUAAUGUACUUUUGGCAUGUUCAACGAGUGUUUCAUAAAUGUGUGUCCUUGAUACCUUUUAAGGUUUUUAGCGAGUAAAUACGUGCAUUGUAAACUAAUGAAAUUAUUGUAUGUUUGUCCCAACUAAAUGGUUUAAUAUAUAUUUUAAUAAAAUUAAUAA